AUGACCCACUGCUGCUCCUCUUGCUGCCAGCCCACCUGCAGCAGGACCACCUGCUACAGGACCGCCUGCUGGAAGCCCAUCUGUGUGACCACCUGCUCCAGCACACCCUGCUGUCAGCCCACCUGCUGUGAGUCCAGCUGCUGCCAGCCCUGCUGCUGUCCAACCACCUGCUGCCAGCCCAUCUGCUGUGAGUCCAGCUGUUGUGGCCAAACCUGUAGUGCAUCUAACUGCUGUCAGCCUGGCUGCUGUGGGUCCAGCAGGUCUAGCUGCUGCCAGCCCUGCUGCCGCCCCAGUUGCUGCAGCUCAUCCUGCUGCCAGUUCAGUUGCUGUGGGUCCAGCGGUUCCAGCUGCUGCCAACCCAUUUGCUGUGUCUCCAGCUGCUGCCAGCCUUCCUGUUGCUGA